AAAUUAAUCAACAAAGAGUUAGUUUUGUGGUAUCAUUUUCCCAGUCUGCUAUCCAGGUUAAAGGCCCAUCAUUACAAUAACAAGCCCCUUUUCUUUUGUUAGCCUUCAUGGGUACAAUAGCCUCUUCCCCUAUGUAACGCUAGAGCCUAGUUAGUACAGAGACAGCACCUAUUUUCUACUUCAAUACAUCAGUGAAGGAACUGCUGUCAGCAGAAGAAAAUUUGCAGAAUCUACACUAGAAAGUCUAUUUGCAAUCCUGGUGAAGGGAUAGCUUGAUAUAACCCCUCAAAGUCUCUUCAAAACUUGAAGUUAAAUAAGCUCAGGAAUAGCUUGUCAAAUUAAGAUGUUGUUCUAAUGAAGGAAAAAUAAGGAACGAGAGUUAAGGACAAUCUAGGUAAACGUAAGCGAUUUCUGUUCGGUGACUCUAAUAGGAUGGGUGGACAUUACAAAAACACCUCACACCUAAUUGGUUCAGAACAAGACUUUGAUAUUAGGAGGAUCUACUUCCAUCACGAAUACAACAGUGCGACACGUUACAACAACGACAUUGCACUCAUCCAUCUCGACCGUCCCGCAGUACUUCAGGAUGGCGUAGCGCUUGUGUGCCUACCUGACGACCAGAUAGGGUUUCCCCCCGGAUCUGAUUGCUGGAUAACCGGCUGGGGUACACUAAAACCGGGAGGUGAAUCACCUGAUGAACUACAACAGGCAAUGGUUCCUCUGGUAUCGAACCAGGAAUGCACCAAGAAUGGCUCCUAUGAAGCGAGCAAAAUUACGCACGAGAUGUUGUGUGCGGGGUUUCCACAGGGCGGUAAGGAUGCUUGCCAGGGGGACUCCGGUGGGCCCUUGGUGUGUGAAGACAAUGGCAAAUGGUACCUUAUGGGUGACACCAGCUGGGGCUACAGCUGCGCCGAGCCAAAUUAUUAUGGGGUGUACGCACGAGUGGCAGUUCUUAAGGACUGGGUCUUCCAUGUGAUGGCCUAUCCCGACAUUUAGCCUAAGUAACCUUAACUCUUGUCGUGCUCCAAGUAAGGAAAAACCCUAAACCCAGACGAUUACUUAAAUCACGUGAUGUCCUUCGUACAUCACUCAAGGUACUUAGUAAUUGUUGGAUAGUCAUAGGAAAUGUUGGAACCAUAAAGCGAAAAUAAAACUUCUGGAGUGCAUAUACACGUGUAGUUUCUUUACUCCCCUUUUAGAGUCUUGGUGUAUAGGCUGUGGACGUUAAUAAGGAUCGAUACUGAAAUUUUAACACGGUGAAUUUUUAUAAAAACAACAAAACUACCGCAGUGAUAACACAAAAUUGCGGCGGUGUUUAAGACAGUAGCGACUUCAAACCUAAUUUUACUAGGAAAUAGCAGUCGGGAAUAAAAGACACGAAUUAAGAAGAGUACUUCACUCUGUUCUGAUGUUAAUUCUUUUUGCGCACUAUUUAUCCUCGUUGUCUCUAAAUCACGAUAUGUUCACACUCACAGGUAAAAUGACAAAAAGCCGCAACAAUUACAGAAGCUGCAGAAGAGCUUAUGUCGAAGUAAUUACCGUAAUGAUUCGAUUUAGUGCACGGAGCGCUUAUUUGCUUUUGGUACCUCAAAAGAGGGCGCUUAUUCGAGACAGAGCGCUUAAUCGGGACAGGGCGCUUAUUUCUAUUCUGAGAGACUACCGAAUGUUCAAAACAAAAUUUUAAAACGGUAUGAACCUCCGUUGAUAGGUACUCUGACGGCGCUGUAAUAUUACAAUAUUAGAAUAGGGGCACUUAUUAAUAAAAACACAUUCGAAGAGGGACGCUUAUUCGAAAGGGGGCACGUAUUGGAAUAAGGGCGGUUAUUAAUAAAAAUACAUUCGAAGGGGGGCGCUUAUUCGAAAGGGGGUGUUUAUUGGAAGGAAGGCACUAAAUCGAAUCAUUACGGUAGUUUAUUGUGUGUUCCGGGUUGUCACAUGUUUCCUGUUUCAUUUUUCCACUUUUGACGCGACGAUAGGGUGCUGGAUCGGCCGUACGCGGUAUACAUACUUUCCAGCUACCCACGUAGGCAAGAAUCAGGCGAAAGGAACAACAUUCGGACAGAAGUGUGCCAAGGAAAAAAUGCUAAAUCCCAACUGAAGAGACGAGGACGGCUUCUUUCGGAACUUCACGGUAGUAGACACACGCCGUGCAAAGUUGUUUGUUCGGCAUCGUUUCAAGAAUCUUAAAAUAGUUUCCACAAACUGGACAACAAUUGCAGUGAGGUGAAGUGCGGAACCUUUCAACUGAGUGAUUUUGUGAUAAAAAGUGAAUGAAAAAAACUGGCUCAGCUACGUGCACGUGGUUAGCCAUAAAAUAAUUUUAACCGACAGCACCUUUAUCUAAACCUCGAACGCUUCAGCUACCCAAAUCCGACCAACGAGCGCGAAGACGUGCUUUUUGAGAAAAUUUGGCGUAAAACCGUUGAAACUGGAAUUUGAGUUUGCAAGUUUGGAGUUUGCCAUAACUCUUUCACUCUUAAAAAGACUCAACAUCCCCGAGAAAGUUGACGAAUCAUGUAAUCAUGAUAACCAAUCAUGUAAUCAUGAUAACCAAUUGAGGACUAUAAUUCAACUUUAUUUCUUACUUUUUCUUCAGUGUUACAUCAUCAACUACUCCCUGGAACUUUUAAAUAGAAUCAAUAUUGAAGAGAAUUCAUUCACUACCUGUUCAGUUGACUUAAACUUGUUCAGGUCAACUGCUAACAACGUUAACGGUUCCAUUUUUCGUCAUCAGCAUGUCGUCUAUAGGUGGAAUGGGCCUUACAUUCAACUGAAAUUUACCCAGCAACGAUCAAAUAGUAUAUCAACCUGUUUUAAAUGAAACUGAAUAUAAACAACGGCGGCUGUUAUUUUAAGACCAAAUGGCUCGAAAGUCGUCCAACAACUGGGCAAAUUCCUUCGCGUUUUACGCAUGCAAACCAGAUGUAAAGACAAAUGGCUUUUCGAUUGUACAUGUUUCGUCAGCUGGUGGUAAAUUCAACAGUUUACAGUUUCUCCCUACAGGGGUGAGGAUAGUUUUGAAGUUUCCUAAGUAACCGUCCAUGGACCAAUUUAUUCCUUUAUACAAAUUGUACUGAAUAAGUAGCCUUUUUCACCACAAGCCUGUUUUUGUCGAUAUCUACGCAAGGAUAUGAGAACAUUUGGGCGUAAAAUUUAAGUGAUUUCAACUGAUUGCUCAACAAAACAUAACUUGUGAAUUAAUUUGCAUCAACACAGUUAACUAAUAACAGUAUCAAGUCACCUGUGCUAAUAUUCAAAAUCACAGACUGGCUAAAGAACCAAACGUUAAUAUUAAUAACCACACACUGUGAUGCAGCGUGUUCAGCGUUGGGCAGCUGAGACUGCCCUUUGUCCGGAAAAUUCCAAUAUACGCCACAAUAUAGCGAAUAAAAAGAUCGGUUUGCAGGUAGCAUCUAAGUUCUUGAUGACUGCCCAGUGAGAUAUGCGUGAGGAACUCGGACCGCAAGGAAACAAGAUUUCCCAUCAGUACUGUUUAAUAAGAGGAAACAGUACAUGUGUGAUUUAUCCCGAACCAACGGAAUUCAUAAGGUCUAGCUAAGUGAUAAACUUCUCCUCGGUUUGAUCAUGGGCUCUCUAUGGUUUACUGUAUAUUUACGGUGGGGUGAAGCAAUUCAGGUGAAGGUUGGGGCGUGGGGAGACGACUUACUGCUGUUACCGACUUUGAAUAAGCAAGAGCCUUUGUAAUCAACGCGAAGACUUAAUAUCAACAAACGCUCUAAUAAUAGCUUUUUCUAUUAAAAAGCUCGUCCGCGAACAAAGCAGAACCGGAAAGGCUCCAAGCUCUAAAAAAGCCAUCGAAAUCACAGCUGAGGAAUAUAAAGUUAAAGACACAGCUGACAAGAGCCACUGCCAAAUGCGUUCGUCAUAGAAGAAUGGCAGUUUUUACACUUUAGGUGCAUAAUCCAUCAGGACGAAAUUCAAGAAUGUUUUGUUUGGUCAGGGAUUUCUUUAAGGACAUCUUUAAGCAUGUUUUUAGGGAUUUAAGGACAAGUGAAGAAUUUGGGGUCCAGACGGUUACCCACGGAAGGUUACUAUUUUUAGGUACUACUUAGAUAGAUACCUAAUUCGGCUGCUACGUAAGCCGUAUUCUUUUUUCAUGAAAUGGGUGAAACCGCCCGUGGAAACUGAGUGCAGUGUUACAAUCGCGUUAUCUUAACUUUCAGUUGAGUUCACCAAUAUCUCUUGAAAACGAGGGCAUAUCGUAAUUUAAAAAUCUCUUUUUGGGGGGAGGGGGAGGGGGAAUUGCUAUAUUAAGUAGCAGUAAGAAAUAGUAACCUUGAAAUUUGGUCUGGAUUUACAUUGUUUGCAUUAUCCAAUUCCAGACGAAUUCCUUGUCUUCGAGUCUAUAAAUGGCCAAGGCAUAUGGUUUCUGAUGAAUCAUGCAUUUUAUCAAUGAUCUAAAAAAUUCAGAUAAGCCGCAAAGAAAAACAUGAGAUCUUUAUAUCAGCUUAGUCUUUGGUAUGUAAGCAUGCAUUUUGCAUGCGCCGAAUUAAAUGAGAGAUACGUACGAUAAUAAAGAAUGGGGAGUGUUUGAGUACAUCUGAAAACUGGCUGUCAUGACAGUUGCUGCAGUAAGUUCACAAAGAAAUAACACCAGUUUGUUUGGAUGAAGAGAUGUACGAUGCUUUGCUAAAAUGAACAAAGAUAAAACACUUUUACACAAAGCAGAAAAAAUUGCAUCGAUAUGAUCCCUCCAAAACGAAAAUGAUAGUCCAAACACCUUGCUUCAGCUCAGUACAAAUGCUACACGUGAAUGUUAACUAGUAAUAACUAUCUAACUUUACUCGUUCAUCUGAUACUCUGACUUAAAUCGUUUAAUUAUUGCAUUUUUUAAUCCUACCAUAUACAAUGAAAACCGGAGUAACAUUGUAAAUUCUUGUAGAUAUUGGUAACAGGCAAGGCGAGGAUUAAAAGACCACUUUCAGUGUAAAAACCUGGAUACAUUUCUUCUCAAUAAAGAUCUUAACCUGCCCUCUCCUCCGCAACAAUCAAUGGCAAAAGAACGCGCCUUUAGAAGUGUCCACAAAUCGUGAGAUUGAAUAGAGAAUGAACAACUGAACCAACCUGGCAGCUAUCGUGUGAAAGGCGUGCUCAAAAACAAGACCUUUCAUUCAUUCUAACCAAGGUUAACUUAUACCAUAAUCUUUUUGUACACAUGCAAUCAAUCACUGCUCCAUGAUUUCGUUGCAAAAUAUAAUCUUCAUUGUGGUUCGCGAAUGUAGUCCGACUUCACAAAAGGUUUUAUGAAAACAAAAAGAAGACACAGUAAAGGAUGUUAUCUGUGUCAUUGGAAAUGUUAGAGAUCAUUGUUUCUAGUCAGCGGAAGCAGUGCGGGAUUUCCAUCUACAAAUAGUCUUACGUCAGUUGUCGAUACAAACACAAGGGACAUUGAAUAAGGUUUGCUUUUUGAGGAGGCAAAAACGUAGCGUAUAACAAAUUUUUGCAUACAACAAAAAUCGUCCUAUUGGAUUUAACCAUUGACAAUAUUUUGCGUUCACCGAAUCAAACUGCACUGGCCGCGCAGGCCAUGUGCAAAUUAUACACCUCAACCCAAUGUGUUGCCGGUCAUAUGUCGAAAACCUUCAAUGCAAAAAUAAUGGAAAUAACUUGUUUAUGUUUUCCUUGGAUCGCACGAAUCGCUCGAUAACAGUUGUCGAUGGCAGGUACAUUCCAGGGCUUUCGCUUGAGUGUUCCUUUUCUAUUGUGCGUGAAAAUCUUCAAGAAACAAUCCAACAGUCAAUUUCUUCCAUUUGUGCUGUAUUUACGAGGGUUCUUCUCUCUUUAUAAAGAGAUACGUUACCAAAUACUUCUCAGCUCCUAACUGCAGCAACGUUUAAAGGGUCAUUCGCCGCGUUUGAAAGCAAGCUGAGUUUCCUAUGAGCUUUUCACUCUCUAGUAAUUUAGACCGUCUGGUAAUUUUGAUAAAGAUAGCCGUUUAACCUUUAAUUUUCUUCGCAUAAAAAGGACUUGAAAAGACGACACAAAAGCGGAAAAUGAGCAAAUAAGAAAGCCAAAGGCCACUUCCUAAUGAGAUCAUUUAUACAUGAACCAGUGUGUGCGGCUUUAGUGAAAUAAAGCCGAGACAAUUAAGAUGGCAUUGUAACUAGGCCUCCAGAUUCAAUUGCGUGCACACAUUUAAGAUUUGCAUAUACCGCGAGAAGUCCAGAUAUAGGCAACGGAAUAUGACAAACUGGAAUCCUUUGCGCUGAUUUCUUCUUGUCAAUUCAACACGUAAUAAAAACCACUCGUGGCUGUCACAAGAACUAAUUUGAUGUUCAAAAAUCUUAAGUGGUAUGUGAAUUUCUAUCUAAUCUAAUUCCCCUUCAGGCCAAUGUGUUUAUCAGAGAUGGGGCUGAGCUGCCGUCGCGGCGCCUCUCCACUUCUGUCGGCUAAAUCUGUUUAUAAGAGCUUAAUGCUGAUAAGCGAUAACACCAUAUUGGUUCGCAAAUGGAAUUUUGAAAGCUUGAUGGAAAAUUCCAACCAGCUUUUCCACUAAGCGGGAUAACGAAAACCAUAAUUACGUUACACCUGAGCGCAAAAUUGAAAUUUGUUUACCCACAUUUCCCCUAAUAACUGUUCCUCAGAGUCUUUGUUCGCCAAAAUGUUCCUUAUGGGGAAGAUUGCUUGUCUCGAAGUUCUCACGAACAAACUAUCACGAGGUAACGAUAUAAUGCUUUCUUAAAACACAUUAUAAACAGGUAAAUCAAAAUUUGAUGGAAAGAAAACCCUAUCAUCAUUGCCACUUAUUUCAAUUGACGGCUCUUCAUGCAUUCCGUGCUUUUUUCGUCCGAGAGCGAUGUUCUGGAAUGGCCUGAAUAACCUGAAUAAGUUUUUUGGGUGAGUCUUCGACUAAAGACAAAAUCAAACAACUGAAAACUUGAAACCUAUGUUUUCUCCAGACUUGAUACACCCCCCCACACGUGAAAAGUAACCUGCAAUUAUUUCGUAAUAAGCUGGUGUUGGCGGUUGAUGGGCAAUAAAGGAUGAACUCCCCAUUUUGCUUUAAAAAAAGAUGUCGCAAUUUCUUCACUACCUUGAAUAAACUCCACGUGGCACUGAACGCAAUCGUAUACUUGAACAACACUAUGUUCGUGUUAUGUUAACAGUAUUUUUGGCCCAGCCUGGUGAGAGACUAAACUCCGCUGGAUGUCUUUCAGCGAGUUGGAACUUGUAGCGGGUGGUAACAUUUGAAGUUUUAUAUAAAAACAAAGUGACAAGAGGUUGCCUUAAAGAGGAAAUAACAAUAGGCUAGAUUUAAUAAAAGGUUUCCUGAAGUAUUGCGCAAGUACUCGUUUACUACCAACCCAUUGUAAGAAACAACUCAAAACAGUAGCGUGUACUGUGUGUUGAUAACGUUGAAUCCUUACUGUUACAGCGUUUAAACCAAAAAAUGCAGAUAAGUUAGCAAGAUUUAAUUUAUUGACAUCUCUUCACAAUGGCAGGUUCUCUUACCGGUAGAAAUGAUAAACUGAACUUUCCUUCCACAAGGUAUUUUAAAAUAAAGUACAAUACUUACCUCAAGGGGAAACCGAUAGAUUUCAUCAACAUUUAACUAAAAACUGAUAGAGAAAGAAAAAGCAAAGCUUAAAAGAAGACACAUUCCGGAGCCAUUGUCUUAGUAAGUCGCGUCUGACAUAGAGUCUGUGUAGCAAAGUGAUUUUAUUUCAAUUCUAAUACUGUACAGUCCGGUUCGCACUCUUUCUCUUGUCCAAUGCAAUUACUUGAAUGCGGUUGGAAAAAGACAGGCUUAUCCGACCGAUAGCUUUUGGUGGUUUUGGACAAAAAUGGACACUACGCAAAGGAACGAACGUAGCAGUCUGUUUUAAAGCCCCACUGGGAAACACGUGGAAUUUACUGAUCAGGCAGACAGGUACACUGCAACACACUGUAGUCUUCUUCUCUUCGUUUUGUCAGAGGAGGCUUAACAGAGAUGCAGGAGUUCCUACCGAGCGUAAAGUAGUAACUGGUCGCAUGAAAUGCCCAUGCUCUUUUCGUGUGUUAUGUUGGAUCAAUGAAGCAGUGCUCCCUAUUUUUUUAUUUGUUUUUUUUAAUUUAUAAUCUCACAGUAUGAUAUCGUCGUAUCCCACUGUUAUAUUCAUCAUUGUGUUGUAAGCAUUGAGACUAGUGAGCGAGAAUUUUGCAUAGAACACGAUGAUCAGCUGUUAGGAGUGAGCAUUGUGUGUAUGAGAGGCGGCGCGAGAAAUUAUGCCAUGUGGUUAUCUGAGCUCUUGUUACAAACUUCUUUUCUCAGCGCGUCUUCAAAUUGAAAUAGCCCUAUCGUUUUCCGAACAUCAACGUUUUAAGCCAUUUUCUGAUUGGAUUUUUAAAUACUCCUUUGUGCAAAAGAACAUAGUGUUCAAUUAUAAGCUUUAUCAACAAAGACACUGAUGGCGCAGCCGCCAGGUUAGAGAAGAUGACAAGAGUGAAACAGGUGGUUGACAAUGGAGAAAGCUUUAUGCACACGGCACUGUUAAUGGAUGGAUACGGAAACAAACUUCAGUGUUUGUAUCUGACUAGAGCACAGACAUCAAUCGCUCUUGUUUCUAUCACUAAUAUUUGCUUUUUAACCCGAAAUAAUAGAAAUCGAGUAUCGCGAUGACUAAGCUCCCUUUGAUACAAUGAAACGUUUCAUAACAAUAAGCCCAGUGUGCAAUUCUGCACGAAGCAAUCCAAGAAUUGUAGCUCCAGUCUGUAGAGCUUCGCUUAGCUGAAUAACCCAUGAAAACGAACGCACUAGGAAGCUUGUCUGAGGGAACUUGAAUCAUGACCUUGUUAUAACUGCAAUCUUGAGUUUGAACGUAAGGACGAGUAAACAUGAUCACUGACUAACUACAAAGCUGACAGAUCACUGAUUAAAAUAAAUUAACAAUUUGAGAUCGUUGGAAGUCUUUGUAAAUCUUCUUAAAAUCACGUAGGCAGGAAAAUGCUCCAGCUGAUAGACAAAGAAAUUCCUUACAGCUGACAACAAGUUUGCCUUUCAAUUCUUGUUCAUUGUAAAUCGUUCACUGCAGGAACAUAUCUCUACUGCCCUCGUCUCUCGAAGAGCCAUUUGGAUCUUUAAAAUUCAAGCAUUGCUGUCAAUACUACCCAAACAUUUUUAGAACAGUGAAAAAUAGAAGAGUUUGUCUCAGGCUAUAAAUCACCGAAAACACGUUUUAUCAUUGUGAUUACAAUUUCCAAAAGAAACCAGGUGAACAUCACGUUUAGUAUGAAAUCAUUUUAGCACGAAGGCACAGUCAAGGCAACGCAACACGUAAAGCAUACCAAAAGACAGCCGGCUCGGUAGAGCACUCUCUCAAGGCUGCCAUCUUGACGGGCGGUCAAUCUAUUCCAGACGGCGAUGAAACUUCACUGAACUCUUCCCUAAAGGUCUCACGAAUCGAAACAAAACGUUAGAAUGAAUAAACAAAUAAUUCCAGUUCUGCCACUCAAUCCUAUAUGUUCAGAACGGUAAUGGAAAUAAUGUGCCCUUCAAACACGUGUUGCUGGUGAUUCAUGUUACAACGCACGUCCACAUUUUUGCUUCCCUGAAACGGGUGGAAUGUGUUAAUAGAAAUAAGUGGCAAGUCAACAAAGCAUCCACUCCAACAAGAGAUCUGCAGGAUCUGAUCAGCAUCUUCCUGUUAUUUUUGACUCUGCAAUUAAACCAAUCUAGGGUUUUUUGAAAUUUAACACAUUUCCAUACUAUUAGCAUACCGGCACCUGCUUCCCUUGAGAACGUCUUAAUUUAAUCAGUCCGUCGACAAAUUUAGAACGUAUCGACACGAGUUUAUGUUAGCACAGCACAACACAACGUUAAGUAUAGCCAGUUCACAGAUUUAACAAACCCAGGAACACUUGUUCAGUCGGUUCAUUUACACCCGCAGCCAACGUAACAGCUGUUGACAAUAUCAAUAAAUGAUCUUGGUUUUUGUUUUCGAUUUGAUAUUAAAUAUUUUACAAGAUGUGUUCACGCUUUGUCAACAAUUCUGGCAUCUUGCUGUUCCUGUGCGUCCCGAUAAAUUACUACUCUACCUUUUCGUUUACUUUGAAAAAUAAAAAAAAACGAAAAGGAAAUUGGCCUCAAGAUAACGCAAAAAGCGUCUGAAAUAAACACGAAGAGAUUGACUUUAAAAAGUCAGUUUCCUGCUCAAAAGUCAAUUUUAAAAAAUGUAAUUAUUCGCUUCUCCCUACACACAGGUGCGUGGUGCCACCAAGUCGCCAAACAAAACCUUACUCUUUUGUUAACAAAACUUGCUUUUUCUAAGAAUAUCACACAAUCAACCUGAUAACCAAUGCUUCCGCAAACGAGAAAGAUACGAAAUGCGAAAAACAUCAAAAAAGACGACUUCGGCUUCAAUGAGAAAUCCCAUUAGACAAUAUCAAGAGCAAUAUAUUUGCCCUAUUGUUGGACAAUGCAACAGGUUACCAGGACAAUGACACGACAGAGCCUCUUGAAAAGCCUAUAUAGCUAGAAUAAACUUCCUAGUGUGUAACGUGAAGGAAGGCAAAUGAAUGAGACAUAAUGCGGGUAAUACCUCAACGAGAUUUGCGGUGUUCCAUCAAGUUUAAUUACAACCUGUCGACUGAUUCCUUUUGAGUCCUUGGUCUGUUUUGCCAGGAGUAUUGAACUGUUUGUUCGUAUCAGUACGAAUUCUACAAGAAUAUCACCAAAAACUACAACCUGUCAAUUGAUUCCUUUUGAGUCGUUGGUCUGUUUUGCCAGGAGUUUUGAACAGUUUGUUCGUGUCAGUACGAAUUCCACAAAUAUCUCCAAAAAAAACUUUUCUUGCUCAACUGGAAGGGUAGUUUUCAAAAGCAUUUUCUACAUUUUCCACAUCGAGCAAACGUUCCUUGUUACUUAAGCAAGUUUACUGACGGAAAGAAUAAAGGAAAUAACCACGUGACAGCGACGUUUUACUGUGAAAAUUCUAAAAUGGAGCCUCUGGUAAAUCCAUCACUCGUGUUGUUUCGUCAAGUUCGAGGACAACAGACCCGCUUCACGUUUGCCAUAAAUGCGACCAAAGGAUUUUUCGCGAGAAGCUUUUUUAUAAAGUCCCAGAUCUUAAGGACUGCCGGAAAAUUGUACUACAAAACCUCAGAUGAAGAAAAUCAUUUCAAGUGAGAACACGGUGCAUUUAAGGCUUUGUUGGUGUUGCCUAACCUGAAUAUUCCAAAAAUUGUAUUUUAUUUUAAAAAGUGAAGUCUACUCCAAAUUUACAAAAACACAUUUCUAAAUUCAAGAGGUAAUUUAUACGAGAGAAUCAAAGGCUACAUGCAGUUAGGAUGGCAAAAGGCAUAACAGUUAAUUUGUUUGACGCGAUGCCAAAUGCCAAAUAAAACCGUUUCAGCCAAGAAAACAACUUCCCCUUGAGAACUAAAAAACUCUAUGAAGUUGUAAUGGCAAGGAGCCAUGAUUUACCAGAUGGUAUUCGCUGGAGGGGAGAUACUUGUUUUGUUGUGACCAGUAAAAUUGUCGCAUCGCUUUUCGGCCUCAAUGUUCGUGUAACAACUAAUUGAAUUCUAAUGCAAUAAAACGACGAAUGGCUUCAUCUAAAGACGGUUCCAGCUUGGCUGGAAGUAAGUCCAUUUGGUUUUGACAUUUAUUAGAUAAAUUGGCUAGAUUCAGGGCUCAAUUUUCCUUACACAGGCACCCAUCUGCAAGUCGUAAAUGGAAGAUAAUCGAAAGCAGGCUAUUGAAAUUUCCACAUACCAACUUGAUAAUGUUCAAUAAAAGUGCAAGAUAACAAACAGUGCAACACUAUUUUUGACACAGGUAAUUAAUUUUAUGAAAUUCAGUACAUUACAAGAUCUAGGAUACACCCAAGGUAUACUAUACUAUCUGAACAAGAGUCAAGUUCUGCAUCACGUUUCUCGAUUUGCAAAGAGAAAGCCUAUAUUUCACAGACAUUACUGGUGAGACACUGCAAGACACCAUUAUUUAGAACAGGCCAGGGCAGUUUUCAUUUGUCUUUCAUUUCGAACAUUCCUUAAAUACAAGUUUAGCUGACAUACGAAAGUGGUUUUCGUAAAUUGCAGUAGUAUAUUAAGCAUUUUCUUGGUGAUUGAAACGGAAAGCAACGGACAGGUUCAUCAAUUCUGGCCUCUAAAACAACACAAACUGUUUCCUCAGUAUCCAUCACGUUCACUCUUAUUUUAUUUCUUGAAAAUAGCUGAGUUUGAUUAAUUGCGGUACUGAAACCCAAUAUAGAAGUCCAGUGUGUUUCAAAGAAAUGACAGCUUUAUGAACAGACUUUUUUUAGCGAAAAAAUCCAUGGACAUUCCUGUGUCGCAGUUCACGACAUUGAAGGAAUUAUUUACAAAAGUUCUUGAUGCGAAUAAGAAGCAAUGGAGAAUUUCGAAGGGAAGGUCAACGUCUCUAAGUGCACGUAAUAUUGUAAAUUUUUCAAAUCAUUAAAAAAAGCUGCAAGUUAAAAAUAAUCGAACCAGUUAAUAACGACGGGUUUUGUGUGCUUGUCACAGACUGUUUUACUUUGACACAAGGAGCGUUCGAAUCAAUUCACUUUAUUCACUGGAUGUAGUAGACAUAAAUCCCUUUCCACUAUUAGUAAGGCGUAAAGAGCAAAAACCAGAAUUGAAGGAAAGAAUAGAAUUGUUCUCUCUUGAAAAGGUAAGUAGAGGAAAAAACAGAACCGAAGUGAAUUGCAUUUCUAUUACUGGCUAACGGGACCUUCUCUCAAAGAACCUGCAACGCCUAAAAAUAUUGUUUUACUUUUCUACGAGGCACGUUAAAACAGGUAUUCAACAACGUUUAACAAACAUCUCAAAAAGAAAAAUACAAAGAGAACAGGGGCUACAACGUGCACACCAUCAACCCUCUAUUCAUAUCGCACAAUUACCCGGAAUAAAUAGGAAUUAAAAUUUACUAGCAGAAAUAAAGUCUUGUAGUGAUUGAUUCUAUUUCGUAGUUCUGCUUUACUUCUUAGGUCACACUGAGAAGAUGACAUUUGUAGACAAUAGACCUUUGUUCGUACGUGGGUUUCGCAAAAUGGUCAUUCUAAGCAAAAAGAUCGUAAAAUAAUAGGGAUGAAUAAACGACGACUUUCUUGUGAGUCAAGAGUUUUUUCCAAAGUCAAAUAGACGACUUGCCUUUCUUCGUGGAUAAGGUCUACAGGAAUUUUGAAGCAAACAACAGUUACGACAAUUUAGAGUAAAAAUGCUUUGUACUACCAUGGUUAAAACUUUAAACAAUUAAGUCUCUUGAAGACAAGAACUCUUUCAUGCCGACAGCCACGUUUGCCGAACAAACAGUUCUUUUGAAAACACAUCCAGUUGUCAUUCAAGCAUGAAAAUCAUAAUCAGUUGCUUGGCACAAAAGCGUUGAAAACAAAUAGAGCUUAUUACCUCUUCUUUCACAUAUAAUCCCAUAACAAUUGUAGCGAUGCAUUGCUGUAUGGAUGAAGUUCGAAAGUAACACGUAUCGCAAUAAUUCGUAAAUAAUGAGUUGACCUUCGCUCAAAUUUUUCUCAUUGGAACUCGCAUGGAGCAAUUAGCUCCUCUUGAAAACAACUUUAUACAAGUGCCGAGGUACAAUAUCACGCAGGAAGAUUGGAAGCCAUUUAGAUAUCAGCAAUUUCAUAUCAAAAGCGGCCGCGAUUUACUGGAGCGUGUGAUGCUUCAUGGCUCGACUGAAUGGUACGUUGUACGAGGCAAUGGCUGGAAUCCGAAAAAAUCAACCAAAAGAAACAUAAUAUUCAUCUAGCAAGGACAAAACACCUUUAGCUAAUCUAAGUUGCCUUAUCAGAGAAGAGUUAAGGGGCCCAAAAUAAAAUUGGCUCGUUCAAAUGGGUGAGAUUCAAGAGGCCAAACCUGACAGAUUGAUUGUGACUCGUUUAACAGCGGGAGGUAUUUUAUAAAACCGUUGGCUUUCAAGCCAUGUUUGGCAUAAACAAUUGGCGACGUCUCAUACUAGUUUUAUUGUGUAGAAAACAAAUUGCACAAACAGGGCAGUGUGUAUUUGUUUUAAUGAUGGCGUUGUAGUGCUAGUUGCUAUUUAACACGACCUUAGUUCUCAACACAUUGUCGUUCCUACUCCUUUUGUAUAAGGCAAUUCAUCGUGUCUAUUGUAGACUUUUUGAGACCGCCUUCGCAUUUUGUAGUCAUUCCAAAGUCCCUUUUAAGUGCUUCUGAAACGAAUCACAAAAAGCACCGACAGAAGCGGUUUUUAAUUAGUUUGCCUUUUGUAAAAUUGCUUAUUAAUGAAUCACUUUACAAACAGAGACGCCAGGCGUUCUCGAGAGACCCGCUGAGUACUAAUUGGUAUGUAAUUUGUCCGAGAUAAGUAGCAUUUUCAUAUUCAUUUGCUAAGUAAACACAAGAUAAUUUCUUCUCUAGUGCGCUGUGUCCGUAAUGCUAGUUGAAUUGCAAGGUCUCAUCAGCUUAAGUAAAUCAAUGAAACAAUAAAACCGGUAUCUGUUGUAGAAUACAAACACAUUUUCCCCAAAUUCACGAACUCAGAAAACAUUUUAAUUUUUCAUUACUAGGAUAGAAACUUGCCACGAGCGAAUUCCAGCUGACCGAAAUGUAAAUAAAACUCCUUCUUUGAAUCCUUCAAGUGCUAUUUGUCAAAAAAGGAAAAAAAGAAAAGAAAAACGUUGAAACAGUUUGUUCUCUCCUCCUCGGCGCAGGCUUUUUUUAGUCCAAAUGUUCUCCAGGUAUAAACACUUUAUUCGAGGCAAUCUGCUUAACCGUGGAUUGAGAUCUCAUCCAGAAUUAAAGGGUUGUCUCUUCAAAGCUUCAUCUCACACUGUGAUGUAGAGCUCUUCAACACACAACUUGGUCAAGAAAAAGACAAAAAGAUAUUCUGUUGAUAACUGAACGAAGUCAGACUUCAAUAAAAAGACACGUAAUUAAGAUUAAAAGAGGGAAAUCAAGUUUUCUUGUCUUUCAUCCAAGGGUAUUAGAAACGAGAUUAACGCUCUACAAAUAACAUUUCAAAGUGCCAAAAUAGCCCAAUCAUAUAAUGAUACUGAUAAUAACAAAGGAAAGCCCUAACUUCUAAGAGAAUUUCAAAUGCGCUCGACACAUAACCUAAUUCUUUCCUCCAAGACACGAUAACGUUCUCGAUAUGUUUACCUCGAGUAAGGAAAAGUUUCAUUGGCAAUAUUGUUCUAUUGUUUUCGUUUGAAUAACAGUUAAAUGCAUGGGGUAAAAAAUGGCUUAAGUACUGCUGGGGAGUGUAAAGCAAAACACGGCUUAUAAUCGACGCCGAACCUCAAGACCCUAAUUUAUCAAAUGCAAGACAUAUUUGUGCCAGAUGCGAGAGGUAAGGGCAUGUCUUGGCUGUUGUUUGUACAACAGCUUUUUCAAACAGCAAAUAAUAAAAGUCUGGUUUCCUUAUCACAAAACAACAUUGCAUUCCCAUAUCUAUUAUUUCCUAAUGACGACCAUAUGGGUGAAAGCUGUUUUGGUAUGCUCAUCUACCAUCACCCAACGGCAGGUUGCUAUGAGAAAAAUACAGCAACAACUGCUUGUCCUCUUUUUGUGAAGUAAUUCACAGAGAUAGGUGGGACCAAUGGAAGAAGCACUGAGGUACCAGAAGAACUGGCUCUGAGUAUCUGACUUUACGCUCUCGAAAAACACAGAAGACGACCUUACCUGCAAAGGAUAACUUUACUUCUGUUUUUAUAUUACAAUAGACUGUUUGUUCUUGCUAUUUACAUAGACCAUGUGGACACUUCAGGAAUGAAUCCCUUUUACUUGGACUAAGAACUAGUGUCACUUGUGCAAUAAUCGCUGGUGGCUUGAUAAAUAACACCAUUGAGCUUUUAAGUGCUACUAUUGAAUUGCA